AUGGUUGACUGGGAGAGUCCCAAAGUUAUCGGUAUGUGCCUCGAGGCUACGGAUAAGCUCAACAUGUACUUCGGUGGGAUCUUCACAUGGUACCUCAUCGCCACAUUCAAACACGUCGAGUGGCAGCUGCUGACGCGGAGGUUAAAGUGGAGGUGGUCCUAUUUAUACUAUCUCGGGGCGCGGUAUAUGUUACUCGGGUUCCAGAUACCCUUGCAUGAAGUGGUGCAGCCUGGCAAGUUCUCCUUCGAGAUCCUAGCUAUUACCGGCUGCGCGAUCUCUAUCUGUGCGAGUGGGAACCUUCUCUUCAGGGUAAUAGCACUUUGGAGAGGAAACCUCAUCGUGGUCGCGUUUCUGGUAUUCCUAGGCAUAGGGCAUUGGGUCGUGUUAUUUUCAGCGACGACGCCACCAGUGAUCCUCGGCCAUGGCAACUUCCCUAACGGCAGCACGAAGACCAACAACAACGCCAUCGAGCCGUUCUUUCUUUACACGUGCGCGCUGGACCUGCUCAUCCUUGUCAUGACGGCUGUCGGGUUACUGCGGCAGCGUGCGGCGCGCUCGUCCAGGCUGUGGAAGACCCUGUACCGCCAGGGCAUCGCGUACUACGUCGUGAUGUUCAUCGUGCAGUUCCCAACGAUCAUUUUCGCGUGGCGCACCAAAAGCUCGUGUAUGAUCGGUGUCUUCAGCGCGCCCACCCUCACCAUCGGCGCCAUGGCGUCGUCCUACGCCGUGAGCUCGCUUCUCACCAGACCACGCACCGCAGAGCCCGCGCGGGACGACCCCGCCCGCGAGAAGCGCGGCCUCGACGUCUCGCGGCGCGUGCCGACGCGGUCCCAGCUGCUGAGCACGAACAUCACACUGCCUCUAAGCGUAGAGAGCUCAGAGGCCCCAUCGAGUGCCAUAGCGUCGCUGCCAGAGGUACAUAUGCGGGGAGGGGCGCGCGACCUCGAGUGUGCUGCGGGCCCAACUGGCGGCUCCGACUGGUAG